AUGCCUAUAAAUUACGGAGCAACAGAUGAAAAUGAUAAUGGGGUUAACAGUGCAAAAGAAAUUACUGAAGAAUAUAUAAGUGUACCAAUAAGGCGAAAAUGGUGGGUUGUGAGUCAAAAAUUCCUCUUUGGUUUGGGACAUGUUUACAACGACCUCUGUGCUGCAAUGUGGUUCUCUUACAUGAUGCUGUUCUUGCAAGCGGUUAUGGAAAUGCAGGCUGUGUUUGCUGGAACCAUGUUACUUUUAGGUCAAGUUAUAGAUGCUCUAGCCACACCUGUUGUAGGGGUAUUAGCUGACCAGUUUAAUACGAAAAAGAGGUGGCAUUUAGUAGGGUCUGUGUUAGUCAUAUGUUCGUUUCCCUUAUUAUUUGUGCGAUGUUGGGGAUGUUGGCCUGACGCAGAACUAAAUUAUGUAUCAAUAUGGAUGCCGGUGUAUUAUUCAGUUCUUAUUACAAUGUUUCAAAUCGGUUGGGCCGUUGUCCAGAUAUCUCACCUAGCAAUGAUACCUGCUAUAUCUGACAGUUUACAAAUACGGUCCGAGCUGACAUCUAUACGUUAUAUGGCUUCUGUGAUAUCGAGUUUGACCGUGUAUUUUAUAACGUGGGUUGUUUUGAGAUCCACGAAAUACAGUACUUCCAUUGGACCGACUGAUGAUUAUAAAUUUCGGAAUGUGUCAUUAAUUAUUUCCGCAAUUGGAAUAAUUUGUACUACCCUAUUUCACAUUUGUUUUAAACUUCGAUGUAAAAAUGAACGUAAGACUGUCAAAAUGGACUCGGAUUCAGGAGAAGAAAAUCUUUUAAAAAAUACAAAUUGGAAGUUUUGGUAUUUUCUAAAAAUGCCUCUGUUAUAUCAAACGAGUUUGUUAUAUGUUUUCUCACGUUUAUAUUGGGCGUUAAGUUUAGUCUAUGUUCCCUUAUUCCUGGAGGAACGGUUAUCUGUGAACCCUACUGAAGGUUCAGAGCUGGUAGCCAGCGUACCGCUGGUGCUUUACAUCUCUUCGCUAUUUUUCUCAUUUCUCCUAAAAAGCAACAUUGAGAAAAUUGGUAACCAGGUUGCUUAUUUAAUAGGAAGUUUCUUUAGUCUGAUUAGUUGCAUCUGGAUAGCUGUUACUAUUGAUCCUGAGGCGAAUGUUACCCAAAUUUAUUUGGUGGCAACACUGAUUGGGGCUGGUAGUGCAAUUACUCUCGUAUCCAGUCUCUGUGUAACGGCUGAUCUCAUCGGCCCACAUUCCCACCAGGGCGCGUCUAUUUAUUCAAUUGUCACAUUUGCCGACAAACUGGUCACUGGAAUUGCUGUAGUAGCUAUUGAAAACUACAAAUGUGAUGAUGCAUUGAUCUGUCCUCAAUACUACAGGGGCGUUCUAACUUACGCCUGCGGUGGAAGUGCUGUUUUAGGAAUAUUGUCCUUAGGUUUAACGGCUAUAGGAAAAGACAAAAAGAAUCAAACUUAA